AUGCAGCAAGCUUGGGAUCGGACAAGUAGCACUGAGAGUGUCAAGAGAGGCCAUACAAAAAUGCUGGGAAAAGGACAAAGUGGCGGAUACCCUCCUGACACGAGUGAGCUCUUGCAGAGCAUCAGUACAGUGCCUGUGGACAGCGCCGAUAAGAAGGGCCUCCAGGUGGGGGGCCAGCUGCCAGCUGGUGUGCAGGCAGGGCCUCAGCAGCAGAACCAACAGCUCCUUCUGACGCCAGCCAGCCUCCAGCUCGCACAGCUCCAGGCCCAGCUUACCCUCCAUCGUCUCAAACUGGCUCAGGGGGGCAAUACGGCCGCUGCCGCCACUGUUCUCAAUCAGGUUCUUUCCAAUGUCGCCAUGUCUCAACCCCUGUUCAAUCAGCUACGGACUUCGGCAAUGGUUGGGAACCCUCAGGCUGCCUUUCCCUCAGGAGUUCUGGGUUUUCCCUCUUCAAAUUCAACCUUGGGGGCCUUGGUGGGUGGGGGAUUCAACCAAAACCCAGGCAAUGUGAGACUAAACAAUCCUGGUGGAGGGGGCACAGUGAGCCAGCAGGGUACAGAGUAUGGUAAAAAGCCAGGGUCGGCUUACCCCUCUGAUACUGACAGGCGACUUCAGUACAACUUAGUUGGGGGGACAUCUACAGCAUCAGCCACAGCUGGUGAUGGACAGUACUCAGUCAUUAACACUCAGCCAAAAAACAUGAACAGUGUUGGCUUUCAGAGAGAUUUCUAUGGGCAUGAUAUGGUGGGGCAACAAACUGGGUUUCAUGUCAAUGAGCAGAACAUGAAUGUUUAUAACUCCACUGGGCAUAAGGAGCAAUGGAAAGGCCCCGCUAACCUGAGUCACACUGGAAAGGCAGAUAUGGUUUCUAAUGCUGUGUGGACAGCGGCUGGGCAGCCAGUUCGGCCCAGAACGGAACUGUAUAACCCAGAGGAGCCGACCCCUGACCCCAAGUUCAAUCCCAGUAGUGGGGUUUCCUCUUUUGGUUCAAGUGGCACACAGGGGUUUGGGGCCUACCAGCCCCUGCAUGGAGGCGAAGAGACCUUAUCUUCAGGCACCAGGACACUUCAGCCUUACCAAGUGAACGAUUACCACGCUGUCACACCCACUCAGCUGCCACACCAGUGUAGCAUCUGUGACAAGAAGGUCUACAACCUCAAGGACUGGGACCAGCACGUGAAGGGAAAACUACACUUGCAGAACCGAAUGUUGUACACAAAUGAGAGCUCCGCAGCCGUAUCAGCUGGAGCUGUUCACUACGCUGUCGGCAGGCCCUCUGAUGGAGGUCUGAACACCGGAGGGACAAACUCCAUGGUCUACUCUGCUGCAAGUCAAGAUGUAUCCUCAGGAGCCAAUACAUCAUACUUACCAGCUGCAGCCAUGAAGACUUAUCCCAUGUCAGACACAGGAUUUGCCUCACACCAGCCAGAGUCAAAGCCAUUCCCACCCAGAAAGGCCACAGCAGGGCGAGUCGUUCACAUCUGCAACCUCCCUGAAGGCAGCUGCACCGAGAAUGAUGUCAUCAACCUGGGACUACCGUUUGGCAAAGUCACCAACUACAUCCUCAUGCGCUCUACCCAUCAGGCAUUUCUGGAGAUGGCUUAUGUUGAAGCUGCUCAGGCCAUGGUUCAAUAUUACCAACUCACUCCAGCUAUGAUUAACAAUCAGAAACUUCUCAUUAGAAUGUCGAAGAGGUACAAGGAGCUACAACUCAAGAAACCUGGUAAAGAUGUUCAGUCAAUCAUCCAGGAUAUCAGCUCUCAGCGGGAGAGAGAUGAGAUGCAAGAACUUGAACACUACAUGCCAGAGAGGGCGCGUUCCCGCAGCCCUAUCAGCCGCUCUCUGAGUCCUCAUUCCCACAGCCCCAGUUUUACCUCAUGCAGCUCAGCCCACAGCCCCCAGGGGACAUGCAGGGGUCCGGAGAGAGGCAGCAAUGGUAUGGGCCCCCGUCGGGGCUCUUGGGAUUGGUCGUCACACUUAAGACGGGGUGAGGACGAAAGGGAGAGGGACGACCUGUGGAGAAAUGGGGGCAGCGUGGAUGACGAUCGGCCUAACGGACGGGCACCCGACCGUCGGAAGGCUUACCAGAAACCCUCGGAUCAUAUCAGCUCGAGAUCUGCAGAUGAGCGAGGGGGAGGAGGUGGAGGUGGAGGCGAAGGGAUGAGGGGCAACAGAGACUGGUACCCAAGGGGCAGCCCCCAAGGCAUGUCCUUCAACUCUUACAGGAACAUUGAGGAUGACUUCUACAUGAAGGAACAAAUGUACAAGUCAGACAAGCCGCCCAGACCUCCAUACCAAAGGCAUGAUCCAAAGCCAAAGAGGAGGGACGGUGGCGACUACCACAGUAGAUCGAGGCAUUUGGAAGUCGAGAUGACCGAUGAGCCGCUUCGCAGAACGCUAGAAGACAAGAGGCAGAGUUCACCAGGCAGGGGCAGGAGCAAAAAGACAAGCAGGAGGCACGCCACUGCGGAAAAACAUGAGAGAGAAAAUGCUCCUGAAAAUACUGAUCGCCAGUCAAAAGAGAAAUCUGUGUCACCUCAGCGAAGCAAUAAGCUAAAAGAGGCUACUGAAUGUAGUAAAAAUAGAAGCACAGUGAAGGAGUGGGAAAGUGGUGAUGACACUGAUGAGGAGUGUUGGUAUCCGAAGAACAUGGAGGAACUGGUCACUGUAGAUGAAGUGGGAGGAGAAGAUGAUUCCAUUAUUGAGCCAGACCUUCCUGAGCUAGAAAAUGCAUCCUGCUCCAAAGAGUCUGCAGAGGAAGAAGCAGUGGGCGAGCAUAUUGUACUACCCACCUCCUCCUCAGUGGCGCAGGAGACAUCUAAUGAGAAGUCUAACCAGGAAAAGUUCUGUGAGAAUAGUGGAGACCAGGGAGAAGCAUCUGGAACUGAGAAACCACAGAAUGUUUUAACUGUAACCAGUCCUGAAGACCAGAAACUCCAGUGGCCACAGGGUCCAGUGGCUCCUGAGCCACCACUCACUAACCUUAGUGACUUCCCCAGUGAGGAGUUCAAAGCUGCACUGGAGGAGACAUGUUUAGAAGAUAAAGUAACCGAAAGUGGGCCAUCAGAAGAGUCAGUGGAAAACCACGUUUGUGCAUCAGAGGACAGCAAAACCUUGGAAGUAGAACAGGCCACAGAGAUCGUCAAGAACGGGGUUCAAGACAAGGAUGACAGUCUUAAUAAAGAGAUUGAGGCCCCUGCACCAUCUCGUGAGCAAGACAAAGCUGUCAGUGAACACAGCAUCCCUUUGGGAGUGGAGUUCAUUGUGCCAAGGACCGGCUUCUACUGCACACUCUGUGGACUGUUCUACACCAGCGAGGACACAGCAAAGACCGCUCACUGCCGCAGCACUGUGCACUACAGGAACCUACAGAAAUACCUGUCCCAGCUGGCAGAGGAGAGUGUCUCGGGCGCGCUUGCUGAACCCUCAGCUGCACAGUGACAUACAUCAGCUUGAC